AUGCCUCGCAAGGCGCUGCAGUACGAUGAUUACAAUUACGCCGUACGAGAGAUUAUCCUUUCUUCCGACAGUAACUACCUGGACCAACUCAUACCAUUGCUCAAAGAUGCCAUUCUCACUAAUCGAACUAACGGCCUCCUCCAAAAUUUCUCUCAGUAUGCCGCAGAACGCGACUCUGACAUAGAGAACAUCGGCCUCACAAAGCAUGAUGAAUUCCUGAAGUCAGUCAACCAGCUUCAAAACGUGCGUGAGAGCACUGUGGCCCUCACCACUGAGAUUCUGCAGCUCAACCAGUCGAUUCAAGAAAGUACAGAAAAACUAUCUGAGCAGAAGGGAGCAUUGGUUGACACGACAUCUAUUCGACAGAAUAUUGCAGACGCUUCAGAAGCUUUACAAGGGAGCUUAAAGAUAUUACAUGCAGUCAAUCAAUCUCAUGAAUUAAUUAGGAAAAAAAAAUACUACGGAGCGUUGAAAGCACUAGAUGAUUUACAAACAGAGCACCUAAUUCCAACUAUCCAGAAUAAAUAUGCUACUCAGUACAAACUAGCUGAUGUUAUACAAAAGUCUAUACCCUUAUAUCAGAAGACAAUCUCAGAGGCCGUCAUGUUAGAUUUAAAUGCAUGGCUAUAUAAAAUUAGAGAAACAUCGCAAUUCUUAGGAGAAGUUGCUUUCUAUCACACUGAGUUGAGACGAACGAGACAAAACGAGAGAAUGAAUUCAAACCAGUAUCUUCGAAAGUUUAAGCUGAACUCUGCCAUAGAGCUAGUAUAUGAUGAGAGUGAAGAAUUUGAUGUUUUGGAUAACGAAGAGUUGCAGGUAGACUUUACUCCGUUAUUCGAAUGUGUACACAUACAUGAGGCGUUAGGUCAGAUUGAGAAAUUCAAGUCGCAAUACGCAGGAACAAGAAGAAGGCAAAAAGAGCUAUUAGUGCCUAGCUCUAUCAGUUUAUUGGAUGAUGAUGAAAAUAGCUUGAGUGGACUUCUUGAGGGAAUCUCGGGCUUUGCUAUCAUUGAAAAAGUCACUAUGAGAAAAGCGCACAACCUCCGCUCGCCAGUUGAUGUAGAUGAGUUAUGGGACUCUAUGUGUCAAUCAGCCAUAAAUUUAAUUUCCAAAGCAUUAGAUGAUGUGGAGAAAGCGGAGCAAAUACUAAAAAUCAAAGGAGUCAUUGCAUUAUUCAUCCAGACUAUGGAGGGCUGGGGGUAUUCUGUUGCAGCUCUGGAUAAUUUUCUAUUGAUUCUCUUUGAAAGGUAUGCUGCAUUACUGAAGAAAGGCUUCAGUGAUGAUUUCCAAGAGAUUGUUUCCACCGAUGACUACAUGCCUAUGCCCAUUAAUAACUUAGAUGAAUACGAUAAAGUUCUCAAUGUUAGCUGGUUCAAACCUGAAAAAUCUCGCGAAAACCUCACAUUUCCUUGCGUGCUCCCCUUUUCUCAGAUGUACCCUCUCUGCUGCAUCGAUAUUCGUAACUUCUUAAAUCAAUUUUACUUUUUCAGUGAUGAUUACUUUCAGCAUCCAUCAACAAUCGAUAACACUCUAAGAACAUCUCUAGACACUUUACUUUCGGAGAAAGUAUGUAACUCGCUUGUGGAACGACUUUCUGUUCAAUAUCUCGGACAGAUUGUUCAGAUUCUCAUCAACCUUGAGCAUUUCGAAAUCGCUUGCUUGGAGCUCGAGCAGCUACUAAUAGCAGCUAGAAGUAGUGCAAGUGCUGGGGGGCCUAUCGUUCUCAAGGCAACAGAAGCAUUUAGAAACCAUAAAAAGACAGCUGAAAAGCGGAUUUUUGAACUGGUCAACAGCAAAAUUGAUGAUUUGGUCGAAACUGCCGGAUAUGACUGGACUGCGCAAACUUUAUCGCCUGAGCCUAGUAAUUACAUGCAGACCCUGACUACAUAUCUUUCAAAUAUUAUGUCGUCAACCCUCCUAGGUCUACCUCCUUCGAUAAAGGAGCUCAUCUACUUCGAUGCUUUAUCGCACGCUACCACUUCUAUCCUUUCUCUCCCUCUUUCGCCACAUGUUAAGGCCAUCAACCCAAAUGGCGUUGCUGCUCUCGCUACUGAUGUUUCUUACCUCGAAAAGUUUGUGUCAACAUUACCGAAUGCACCACUAUUAAAAGAUGGCUUAGAUGAAUUAUUGCAGGUUGUGUCACUUAUGCAACUUGAAAACGGCGACGAGUUUUACGAUAUUGCUGUUCGAAACAGGCGAUUUGGACGAGUGGACCCCGUGGCUGGAGCUGCUCUCUUGAACAAGCUAACGUAUACGAUCGAAAACAUCAAAUCCAGCGACCUUACAACUACAACAAGACUAGGUGGCUUUGGAAGCCGGUUCAUGAAAUCUUAG